AGUAGCAUAUGAAACAAUCACCCUUGGUGGAAACAAAGAAGGACCAAGAAACUAGCAUGACACAGAGGAUUACAACAGUUUGAAUGCACAUGGACUGAAAGGGCAGCUUGGCCUUGCUAAAGAACAGAUAUGGAUGCUUAAUUACAAAAAAAAACACCAGGCAAGUACAUGAUGAACUGGAUAGUAAUAUUACGACCAAUUAUUCUGGUAACAGUGUGGCUAGUAUGCUCUUCGGAUAUAUCACAAGGGACAUCCUCAAGUAGGGGCACUGAAGAUGUUGAAGAGCACAGGACAUCACACAGAGUCAUCAACCCAGGUUCUUCUGCAAGAAGAGCAAUUCAUUCUCAAAGACAAUAUCCUAAAGCAAGACCUCAUGUUUUUCAGAAUAACAAAGAUGAAUUUAAAAGCAGUUUGUCUCAAAGUAUGUUAAAUGAUGAAGGUCAAAGACACAAAACAGAUGAAAAUCAGGGUCGGAGACAUGCUGGUAACAGAAAUGCAAUGCGAAUGGUAAAAGAUGAUAGUGGAACAGCUGUGCGGUCAAGAAUGGCACGUUUUCCUUCCACUUCGAAUUCUCCAAAUAUCCUUGCAAGUUUUGCUGGAAAAAAUAGAGUUUGGAUUAUCUCUGCUCCACAUGCAUCUGAUGGCUACUACAGGCUCAUGAUGAGUCUAUUGAAAAAUGAUGUGUACUGUGAACUUGCUGAAAGGCAUAUUCAACAAAUAAUAAUGUUUCAUGAAGAAGGUGAGGAAGGGGGUACAAUAAGAAGAAUUACUAACGAAGGAAAAAUUAUGGAACAGACUCUGGACAAAACUCUUAUACCAAAGUUGAUGAAUUCAUUAAAGCUAGAAAAAGGAAAAUUUGGAAUGGUUCUUCUCAAAAAGACUUUACAAGUAGAAGAAAGGUAUCCUUAUCCAGUACGUCUGGAAGCUAUGUAUGAGGUUGUUGACCAAAGCCCUAUAAGACGCAUAGAGAAACUUAGACAAAAAGGUUUUGUGCAAAAAUGUAAGGCUGCUGGAGUUGAAGGACAGGUACAAGAAGAGGGACAGACUGAGGGUAGCAGCACAAAAAAUGUAAAACCUACACAAUCUAGUGUUACCAUCCAAACAUCAUCAAGAAAACAGGAGACAAAGAAGACUGUUGUAAUGCCUACGCGAUUCUCCAGACUGAAACCUACAAGGAAAUCAAUAGCACCUCCAACACAGUCAUCAACAACUAGAGCAACAACAGUUUUUCCAUCACCAAAGGCAACUACACAAAUACUAACUACAGCAUCAAGGCCACCCACAACUAUGCCUACAACAGUGAGUCCAACAACACAGAAAAUAUGGACAACUAAAAUGUUUACUACUCCAGAGCUUCACAGACAUGUCAUCCAGUCUGAAACAACAAAAGAACCAGACACGCAAAGUCGGUACACCCCUGUGAGAACCGAUAAGAACAGAAAUAGACAGUAUGUACAGAGUCAUUCUACUACAAGUAGAACAAAUAAAGUGGCACUCCAUACAGAGGCUCCAGUUAUUUCAACAACCAGGACAGAGAUAACUACCAAAGCAAACACAGCACAGUUUGUAGAUAACCAGACAGACAGAAAGGAUCAUAGCACACAUGAUGUCACUCAGAAUCAAAAGAAAUUUACAAAGACAAAGCCAUCCAAAAAGAAAGAGGUGGAUAAAAUAUUAAACAAUGAAUAUGAAGAAAAAACUGACACUGGCAAAGCUACUACCCCCCACGUUGAUUAUACUGUAGAAACAUCAAAUGUUCCACAGCAAAAGGAAAAAGAUCAAAGAAAAGAGGAAAAACUAGAGAAAACAGAUAAAAAGAAAAAGAAGAGCGAAAAAAUAGAUAAGCCCCCCAAAAAAGAGAAGCAGGCAAAGAAGGACAAAACCGAGAAGAAAGAUAAACCUGAAAAAGAUCGCAAUAAAAAGAACAAGAAGACUGGCAAAAAUGAUAAUGAUGGAUUUAUUAAACCAGAGAAAAAAGUAUUUGUUGAAAGCCCCAAAAGAUCAUUAGCAACAUUGCUUUCAAAUUUUGAAGGAAAAAGAAGACUGCUGCUAAUAACUGCACCAAGAGAAGAGAAUAAGAUGUAUUCUCAGCAGCGCGAUGAGUAUUUGGAGGCAGUAUGUGAAAUGGCUGUCAGGAAAAUAUCUAUUGUCACAAUAUUUGGAACUCUGACAAACAGCACCAUGAAGAUUGACCACUUUCAGUUAGAUAACGAGAAGCCAAUGAAAGUGAUUGGAGAGGAUGAUCUGCUGGAUGUUGAUCUCAUAACUGAAUUAAGGAAAGAAUAUGGCAUGACUUACAAUGAUUUCUUUAUGGUGCUAACAGAUUUAGAUAUGAAAGUCAAGCAAUACUAUGAAGUCCCUAUUAGCAUGAAAUCAGUGUUUGACCUAGCAGAUACUUUUCAGUCCAGAAUUAAGGAAAUGGAAAAGCAGAAGCGGGAUGGAAUAACAUGCAAAAGGGAAGACAAAACCAGGUCUCUGGAAAAUUUCCUUUCAAGGUUCCGCUGGAGACGAAGACUGCUUGUUAUUUCUGCUCCAAAUGAUGAAGAAUGGGCUUAUCAGCAGCAGCUUUAUGCACUAACUGGACAAGCAUGUAAUAUGGGACUUCGUCACCUUGCAGUGCUAAAAAUGGUUGGCAUGGGAGUUGAUGGGAACGGUGUAUUAGAACUCUUCCCUAUUAACGGAAGCUCCAGUGUUGAAAGGGAAGAUCUUUCUUUUGGUUUGGUGAAAGACAUAAGAAACUAUUUUCAAGUCAGCCCUGAAUAUUUCUCCAUGUUGCUUGUUGGCAAAGAUGGCAAUGUGAAAUCAUGGUAUCCUUCUCCAAUGUGGUCCAUGGCCAUUGUGUAUGAUUUAAUGGACUCCAUGCAACUCCGGAGACAGGAAAUGGCUAUUCAGCAAUCACUGGGUAUGCGCUGCCCUGAGGAUGAGUAUGGUGGAUAUGGUUACCAUGGAUACCCUCAUCAAGGUUACGAAGAAGGUUACCAGGAUGAUUAUCGACAUCAUGAAGGAUACUACCACAGAUAUCAAGACUAACCAAAAGAAAAAGGACAAAAAGUGUCACAAAAAAUAAUCUAAAAUUGUAAAUGACAAUACAAUUGCUCUUUCUUUAGCACAGCUUUAAAAAAAACAUAUUUUGUAGAUUUUUUUUUAAGAAACUGGUUUGGACCAUGAUUGCUAAGAUUCCUUAUACCAUUGUUAAUGGCAGCAUAUUGUUUAGUUUAGGCUACUUUACUCUUUAUACAGUAUAUGAAUAUAUUUUAUUUAUUGGAAAAACACUUGGAUACACCCAGCAUCACAAACACAUCUGUGGAGCUAGUCACACGUACAUACAGUGUUAUUUUACAAGCACAGAUAUGGUCCAUAGCUUCUUUUUUGUGUGCAACUAUUUUCCUUAACCAACGCUGGCUUUUCUGUUUGGUAAAACAAAUUUCUACUUUACAUUAAAUAAAAUAAAUGUGAGAGUUUACAUGUGCACAUCUUGCAAGGCUGUACUAUCCAUAGUGGUACCAGGGGGUGAAUUGUUGGUAAUAGUUUGGGUGCCUAAAUUUUUAAUUAUGGCAUAGGGGCAUUAACUAAACUUUGCAUAAAUGGAAAAAGGUAACUGAGAAUUGAUAAAGUUAUGUGAGGGGAAAGAGAAAAUUUGUAUAUCUAGGCUUAGUAACUGGUUCUAAACAACCAAAAAUUUUAGGAUUAUUGUUGGUCUAGUUGGCCUCCCUAAAAUCAAAAUGCAGACACAGUGUAUGCUAUUCAUGUAUUUAUGUCCAAUAAAGCAUCAUCCGAUCUUCAGUGUUAGCCAUGGACAAUUUCUUGUUUAUUUAAUAAAACAAGGAAUGUAA